AAGUCUAAUUAUAAUAGAUUUCCUAUUUUAUCUAUUUUAGCAAAACGUUAUUUAGCUAUUCCAGCUACCUCUGCUACUAUAGAAAGUGUUUUUUCUAUUAGUAAUAAUAUUAUAAUAAAGGCUAGAAAUAGAUUAAAUUUUAACCUAGUUUCUAUAUUAUAUUAUUAA